UCUCCGCUCCGGCUCGAUGAAUACAUUUUCACACACUGCGAUCUCUCGCCAACAUUCUGAAUCAUGCACAAAUCCAACCGCAGUGUUUUAUUAGAUUUAUUUCUUUUUAAGAAACAUUUUUCUUCAGUUUGCUACUGUACAUAAUACAUUUUCAUCGCGUUCUUCUCUUCUGCUAUGUUUCUGGAUUUUCAGUUGGAAAUAUUGCUUUGAGGCAAAAGUAUAUUGUAACAACCGAUAUCUUGCAGUCCGAUCAUUCAGGACAAGACUUGCUGCCUGGAUGAAGUACAACUUUCUUUAAAAAAAAAAAAAAAAAAAAAAAAAAAAAAUUUGAAAAAGUUUUUUUUUUUUUUUUUUUUGCCCCCUGGGCAAAAGUUUUGGAUUGGUCAUUUCUGCCGCGUUGAGUUCUACAGGCGUUUCUAUACACAGUGAUUAUAGUUUGUUAUUCUACCAGAUUUCCUUACGUCGUGCAACGCAGUAGUGUCAAGUGAACUAGUAUAUUUGGUGAAAACCUGCUCUGGGUUUGCUUUUGUCAUCAGAUUCUCAACAGCUGGAGUCAGACUUGGAUCGAUGUGAAUUCGGAGGACUGCCUUGAACUAAACUAGGCAACUUGCAUUGCAUUUAAUAAUAGUGAGUAUUUCAUAUAAACAUAUACCGUACGGCGGAUGCUAUCUGGCACCCAUACAUUUGCGAACAAGUCGACGGUUCAAUUAACUUAUAAGUCGUUCAAAGAAACACCAGAGCCCAUCUCACUUGUGCAUUACAAUUCUAUACACAUGGGUUUCAACGUUUUCACACAGUAAGAACUGAAUAAUGUUUUCUGGAACUUGCUGAGUGCCUUGAAAAGGGAUUUACUUUUUUAUAUAUAAAUUAAUCAUUUUCUGCAUGACCAUGGACCCGAACUUCUGGAUCUUCGUUGCUGUUCUGAUUGGGCUGGUAACUCUACCUCUUGGAACACAAGGUGCAUGUCUCUAUCAAGGCUCACUGUUUGCGAAUAAUACAGUAUGGAAUCCUGAUUCUUGCCAAGACUGCAGCUGUUUUAGUGAUAUUGUGAUCUGCAAGACAACUCACUGCCACAAUCCCCAGUGCGACUUCCAAAAGGGAGAACUGUUCAGAAUACCACCAAAUAAAUGCUGUCCUGAGUGUGCCCCUCGAACCCAAGGCUUUUGUCAGCAUGAGGGACAGAUCUAUGGGCAUGAGAGUGAAUGGAUGAGCUCUCAGUGCACUGUGUGCUCCUGCACUAAUGGGAAAGUUGAGUGUGGUCCCAGACACUGCCCUCCCCUUUCUUGUGGGAGAGAAGAAGUUCAGUAUACGCCAUUUGGAAAGUGCUGUCCUGUAUGUGUGAGGACUGGAGAGACAUGCUUAUUCGAAGGACAGGAGUAUCAGGAUGGGGAGGAGUGGAAACCCACACCAUGUUCAAAGUGUAUCUGUAACAAUGGAGCUUCUGAAUGUUAUGCUGCCGAGUGCCACCCUAUAGUUUGCAAGAAGGAUGAGCAUUUGAUUAUCUAUCCUGGAAAGUGUUGCCCACAGUGUGUGACAAACUCCUGCCUGGUAUCUAAGAAAGAGUACAAGCAUGGGGAACAGUGGAAGAAGAAUGCUUGUACCACCUGUAUCUGCGAUGGGGGAGAGGCCCGUUGCCAUACCCAGACCUGCCCAGCAAGCACCUGUGAGAGGGGCCAGAACAAAGUGAAGAGAGCUGGCCAGUGCUGUGAAGAGUGUGUAUCGUCCAAAGGAAACUGCCUGUACGAGGGCACCAUCCGAUACCAUGGCGAGAUGUGGAAUGGCACUGGCUGUGAGUUCUGCAUGUGUGAACGUGGCCAAGUCAUGUGCCAGAAAGCAGAGUGCGCCAAAGUGGAGUGCGUAUGGGGUGAAGAGUUGAUGUAUUUACCAGGAAAGUGCUGUCCAGAAUGCCUGUCCAUGAGCAGUUUCUGUGUUUACAAGGAACAGUCCAAAGAGGGACCACAGUCUGACCUCAGAGGUGAAAAGCAUCUUGCUAAUUUAGAGAAGUGGCGAGAGGGCGUGUGUCGAGAGUGUGAGUGCAGGGAUUCACAGGCGCUGUGUUUCCAACGCUCCUGUCCGUCAUGCCCUGUGGGCACCUUAGCUGUGGCAGUGGAGGGCGAGUGCUGCCCACAGUGCAGACCAGUCCAGUGCCACUCAGACUGCUUAACCUGCUCCCAUUCCCCUGAUCACUGUGAAAGCUGCCGUGACAGUCUAUUGCUUCUGCAGAAUGGCCGCUGUGUGCAAGCUUGUGAACCUGGAUUCCACGAGAAUGGCAGAGUGUGUAAAGCCUGUCAGGAGACUUGUGCUGCUUGUAAGAAUGAAUUUGAAUGCACUUUGUGCGGGAAGGGUCGGCUAAUGAAAUAUGGAAAGUGCGUGACAGCCUGUGGAGAUGGAUUCUACCAGAAUCAACGGCACUGUGCAGCUUGCCAUGAGUCAUGUUCUUCAUGCACAGGUCCUGCUGAAAGAGACUGCCUCUCCUGUGAAGAUCCAUCACACAUGCUGAAGGCUGGGACCUGCGUGGCGAGCUGCGGUCAGGGGUUUUACGUCAACAGUGGAAACUGCUAUGCAUGUGACCAGUCUUGCCAGACGUGUAACCCAGACAACCCAAAGUGUCUGAGCUGCCCUUCUGGAAGAGUGCUGCAUCAUGGGAAGUGUGUCUCCCAUUGCCCUGAUGGCUUCUACAGAGACUCUGCUGACAGGUGCACAGCCUGCCACAGCUCCUGUGCUGCUUGUGCAGGUCCCUCAGCCACUCAGUGCAGUCUCUGCCCCAGCUCUCUGGUGCUGCACCAAGGCCAGUGCAUACCCAGCUGCGGGGAGGGGUUCUACCCUCAGCAAGGUGUCUGUAAAGCCUGCCACCAGAUCUGCCGCUCCUGUGUGGGUCCGAAGCACUCUGACUGCACCCGGUGCCUGAAACCAGAAGAGGUGCUGCACUCCCAUCGGAAAGAAAACGGGCUCCCUCAAGGAGUGUGUGUCUCCCAGUGUAAACCCCAGCUGUACCGUGACACUCACAACAUAUGCAAAGAAUGUCAUGCCACAUGCAUGACAUGUACAGGGAAAAGUGCUCAGAACUGCACAGCCUGCGCACCCCCAGCGGUCCUCUAUGAAGGAACGUGUUUACAGCAGUGCCCAGAACGGCUGUAUAGUCAGGACAACGCUUGUAACACCUGUCAUCCAUCCUGUAAGGAGUGCAGCGGCCCCUCUGACGCUGACUGUACAUCAUGUCACCCUCACGCCACGCUGCUCAAUGGCUACUGCAGAACCAGCUGUCCACAGGGACAGUACUUGAAUGCGGUUGGGUACUGUGUUGAUUGCCACUCCCAGUGCCAGCGUUGUGUGGCUGACCAGCAGAACAAAGGCAAUGUCUGUCUGUGGUGUAAGGAUCCCAGAGGUCUCUUGCUGGGUGAGGAGUGCGUCCCCGAAUGCCCCUCAGGAUACUACAACGAUAGAGGGGCUUGUAAAAGGUGUCCUUCCUCUUGUAAAACGUGCAGUGGAGGAGGAUAUCUUGAUUGUACCUCUUGUGAGGCUGGCUUGGUCUUGUCUCAUAGUGGCUUGUGCAGUUCUCAUUGUUACUCUGGAUACUACAGUGAUGAGAAUCGUGUCUGUCAGGCGUGUAACAGGAACUGCUUGACAUGUGAGUCUGCGGGGUCCUGCACAUCUUGUAGAGACCCUCACAAAGUCCUGCUCUUCGGGGAAUGUCAGUAUGAGAGUUGUGCCCAGCAGUACUACCUAGACUUCACCUCUAGGACCUGCAAAGAGUGUGACUGGAGCUGCAAUGCCUGUAAAGGCCCCCUUAGCACAGACUGCCUGCAGUGCAUGGAUAGAUAUGUCCUACAAGAAGGCGCUUGUAUGGAGCAGUGCUCAGUGGGUUUUUAUCAGGAGGGAGACAGAUGCCAGAGAUGUGAUGAAAAUUGCCAGGUGUGUGAUGGACUUAAUCAAUGUAGGCUGUGUGAACAACCUUACGCUGUGCUGAGGGGACAGUGUGUGCGGGAGUGUGGGAAACAGCAUUUCAUGGAUCAGUCGCUGCGAAAAUGCACCACCUGUUCUUCUGGCUGCCUGGAGUGUGAGAGUGCACAGCAGUGCAAGAGCUGCAACAAGAACUCUUUCCUGAGGAAUGGCCGUUGUACGUCUGACUGUGGCCAAGGUUUCUAUGGCAACACGAAAACCAGAAUGUGUGAAGCAAACACCCAAGCACCCGUUCUGCAUGUGAAUGGAACUUUGAUUGUGAAGAUUGGUGGAACGAAGCCCUUGGACUUCUCUUUCAUGAGUGCCCAUGACCCCGACUCCAGUGCUGAGAAUCUCAUGUUCUACCUUGUUCAGCUCCCAGACAAUGGGAGGCUGGUGAAGAUGGUGAAAGGGAAGGAAGUGCGAUUGAACAGGGAUGACACGUUUACUUUCAGAGACCUCAGGGAGCAGGCAGUGCGGUUUAUCCAUGCAAAGGAAAAAUCGAAGAGUGGCCAGUUCAUCCUGAAAGUCAGCGAUCAGCAGCUAUUCUCCCAGCCAAAACCAAUUCAUGUCCAGGCAGUGUCUCUGCAGGCUCCAUAUGUACUGACAAAUGAAGCUCUGCUGGUCAACAAAGGAGAAGCUGUUACCAUUUCCAGUUUGCUGUUGAAGAUUGAAGAUGAUGACAAUCUUCAAGACAUUCUGGUCAUGGUGCUGGAUCCUCCCAAGCAUGGCCGCCUGGUCCGUCUCCAUGGUGACGUGGCUGUGCAGCAGUUCAGGCCGGAUGACCUGGAGCGUGGGCAGCUGCAGUACGUUCACGAUGGCACUGACAGCCAACAAGACCUGGUGCUUCUGCAGAUGAAUGAUGGCCACAGCUUCCAGAACAUUUUACUCAAGAUUACGAUUAAUCAAAAGCAUGAUAAAGGCCCUCAUUUGCUGUCCAACUCAUUAGCCUUGGUGCCUGAGGGUGGAAUGCUACAAAUCACAAGCAGGUACUUAAAGGCAGAAGAACGGGGCUCCAGUGACUCGGAGAUUAUCUACACGAUCACUUCUUCCAAAGAAAGCCUCAGAUUUGGUGAUGUUAUCUUGCUGGUGCCGAUGCCAGCCGACAGCCCAGCAGACAGUUGGCAGCGUUUGCCUGACGGGAGAGCAGCCACUGCCACCACCUCAUUCACCCAACAGGACGUCAAUGAUGGCAUUGUGUGGUACAGGCAUUCUGGCUCAGGGGCUCCGAGUGACACCUUCCAGUUCCAGGUAUCGACUGGGGGAAAGCCACAGCAAGCACUGAGCGACAUCCACACAUUCAGGAUUGGGGUGAUGCCCCAGACACCAGGAUUCCCCCAGCUGUCUCCAGGAACAACCCUACAAAUAACAGCUCUUGAAGAUCGCAUCACAGUGAUUAAACCUGCUGCACUCUCCUUUGUGGACACAGAAACUCCAAGCGAAAAGCUUGUCUAUAAUGUCACCAAACCACUGGCGCAGGGGCAAGGUGCUAUUGAACACCAGGAUAGGCCCUACACCCCAGUUCAGUUUUUCACUCAGGCAGAAAUUAAUCAAGGCCAGAUCCUGUACAGGCCCCCCAUGGCACCCUCCCACCUCCGAGAGCUUUACCUCUAUUCAUUCACAGGUCUACCUGAGUCAGUGAACGUCUAUUUGACAGUGUCUGAUGGAGAACACACCACUCCAGAAAUGGAGUUUACUAUUCACUUGCUGUCUAACCAUCAGCAGUCGCCUGUCUUCCAAAUAUCUGAUCCUUCCAUUGAGGUUAGCCAGGGUGGCAGAGUACCUGUAGGUCAACAGCUGGCAGUCAGUGAUGCAGAUACAGCCCCAGAGGACCUCAUCUUUGAGCUAGUGGAGGCACCUCGGCAUGGCAGCUUGAUGAAGUCUGACUAUGGCUUCCAGACUCAAAUGAGAAGUGGAGACACCUUUAUGUUUGACGAUAUCGCCCAGAACACCCUUCAGUAUUUACACGAUGGGGAAACCACAGAAGAGGACAGCAUGGAGUUCUCUGUGACUGAUGGGAUCACUACAGCAACAACACAAGUGAGGGUGUUGGUGUCAGUGACUGGGAAUGGUGGACCAAAACUGGCUUCUGGUUCUUUGCUUUCGAUAGAAGUAUCUGAGAAGAGCACCACUGUCAUUGGAAGAUCUCACAUUGCAUAUGUUGAUAACAACUCUCCAGAUGACAAGAUAAGGAUUCAGUUGAUUUCUUUGCCCAUGUACGGGAUGCUCACUAUGACAGAAUCUAGCCAGAUACAUGAACUUUCUGAGUUUUCAUCGUUUACCAUGGAGGACAUUAAUCGCCAAAGAAUAAGCUACACCACUUCUUUUGAGACUGGUAGUCAGCCUGUCACUGAUAUCUUUCACUUUGUUGUCUACGACGCUGACAACAAUCACCUUGACAACCAAAUGUGCACCAUCACUAUAAAGUCCAUCCAGCAGCAGCCUCCAGUUGCCACAGUCAACAGUGGAAUCACGGUGGAAGAGGGUGGCAGAGUACUGCUGUCAUCAAGGAAUAUUUUAGCAACGGAUCCAGACACUUCAAAGAAGGACUUGUUGAUACGACUAAUCACACCACCUAAAUACGGCUACAUUGAAAACUCAAACAGAGAUGGAAGAGCUGGAGCAGCAGUGACUGUCACGCCUGAUGUUGUCUUCUCCCUUGAGGAUAUCAUUUCUAACAACAUUUACUAUGUGCAGAGUGUCCAUCAAACCGUUGAGCAUUAUCGGGACAGCUUUAGCUUCUACAUUACUGAUGGCUCCAGUCAGACAGAGGCUUUCACUAUUGAUAUUGACAUCCGGAGUAAGAACGAUGAACCCCCAAAGAUGUCUGUGAGCAGUGUGCAGGUGGAGGAAGUGUCUGGCGUGGUGAUCAGGAACACUUCACUGACGCUGCUGGAUCUUGAUACUCCAGACAAUGAACUGGUGUUCACUGUCACCAAGAAGCCAGACUAUGGUAAGCUGCGCCGGAGGCAGUUCUACUCGGAGCCCCUGGAGAAUGGGCGUGUGCUGUCCCAGGGCUCGUCUUUCACGUACCAGGAUGUUCUGGAUGAGCUGAUUGUCUACACCCCUGACAGUCUGAGCAUCCAUAGCGAUGAGUUCCGCUUCUCCCUUACUGACGGCCUCUACAAUGAGAACGGGAGGAUGGAGUUCACAAUGAACGUACAGAAGAGGGAAACUCCAAGGCUUACUGUUAACAGAGGCCUUCAGCUUGCAGCAGGCUCUGUAGCUAAGAUCACAGAUCAGCAUUUGAAAGCCACAGACAUUGACUCGGAUGAGAUGAAAGUGAGGUACACAAUGACCAAGGACCCUACAGUUGGCAGACUGCAGCUGUCCAAGAAUGGAAACCUUGUCCAGAUCUCAAUCAAAGGACCUGUUAAGAGCUUCAUGCAGGCUGACAUCAAUAAAGGUUUUGUGGAGUACAGGCAUGAAAAAGGAGAGUCAGGAGGAAGCUUUGCUUUUGAGUUUGACCUUGCUGACUUGGAAGGAAACAAACUGAUUGAUCAAUCAUUCUAUAUUAGCAUUCUGGAGGACAGACUUCCCCCCUCUGUCAUAGUUAACAAAGGGCUGGUGCUGGAUGAGAACACGGUGAAGAAAAUCACAACCCUGCAGCUGUCAGCCACAGACCAGGACAGUGAGCCGGGAGACCUGGUGUACCGGAUCACCAAGCACACACAGCUGGGGCGCCUGGAGCAUGCGGCUUCACCAGGGUCAAGGAUAAGCACAUUCACUCAAGCUGACCUGGCCUCACGUAGCAUCCAGUAUGUUCAUACCAGCGAAGAGGAGAAGCACUCUGAUGACUUCACCUUCGUCGUGUCUGACGGCGCAAAUGAGGUUGCCCAAACCUUUUACAUCACUAUUCGCCCUGUGGAUGACUCCCUGCCAUUGGUCCAGAAUCCAGGAAUGCGUGUGCAGGAGGGUGUGAGAAAGACCAUAACUGAGUUUGAACUCAAGGCUACUGAUGCUGACACCGAGGCUGAAUCUGUUACCUUUACCAUUGUGCAAGUUCCUCGUCACGGUAUAAUCGAACGCACCAACAACGGCCAGCACUACCGCCAAACAAACUCCUUCACCAUGGAUGACAUCUAUCAGAACCGCAUCAGCUACAACCACGAUGGCAGCAAUUCCCUCAAGGAUCGCUUUACCUUCACGGUGUCUGACGGGACCAAUCAGUUCUUCGUGGUGGAAGAGGGCGAGAAGGAGAUUGUGACAGCUGCUCCUCAGAGGUUUAAAAUAGACAUCCUUCCCGUUGAUGAUGGUACUCCGAGAAUUGUAACCAACCUGGGAUUGCAGUGGCUGGAGUAUAUGGAGGGAAAGGCAACCAAUCUGAUCACUAAGAAAGAGCUGCUCACAAUGGACCCUGACACAGAGGACAAACAGCUGGUUUAUGAGAUCACUGCCACACCAAAGCAUGGGUACCUAGAGUCCAAACUCAGACCUGGAGCUCCCAUUACAACAUUCACACAAGCGGACAUUAACCUGGGUUUGAUUCGCUAUGUCUUAAACGAGGAGAGAAUUCAGGAGACUAUGGACACUUUCAAGUUUCUGGUCAAGGACAGUAAACCAAAUGUUGUCAACGACAAUGUGUUCCACAUUCAGUGGUCUCUGAUCAGCUUUCAAUACACCAGCUUCAACGUCAGUGAGAAAGCAGGCACUGUCAGUGUAACAGUGAAGAGGAGUGGCAAUCUGAACCAGUAUGCCAUCGUCCUAUGUCGCACUGAGCAGGGCACUGCUACCUCAACCUCCAGCAUCGGCUCAAAGCCAGGGCAGCAAGACUAUGUGGAAUACGCCGGACAGGUCCAGUUUGACGAGAGAGAGGACACCAAAGCCUGCACCAUUGCAAUCAAUGAUGACCAGGUCUUUGAAAACAUUGAGAGUUUCAAUGUGGAGCUCAGUAUGCCAGCCUAUGCCCUGCUUGGGAAGAUCACCAGAGCCAAAGUGAACAUCAACGACACCGAGGACGAGCCCACUCUGCAGUUCGACAAGAAGGCUUACCACGUUAAUGAAAGCGCUGGAUUCUUCUUUGCACCCAUUGAGCGAAAAGGUGAUACCAGCAGCACUGUAUCUGCUCUGUGCUACACUGUUUCCAAAUCGGCCCAGGGCAGCAGCUUACAUGCUCUGGAGUCUGGGUCGGAUUUCAAGUCCAGAGGAAUGAGCAGUGAGAACCGUGUGGUCUUCGGGCCGGGGGUGAGCAUGUCCACCUGUGAUGUGAAGCUGAUUGACGACAGCGAGUACGAAGGGGAAGAGGAGUUUGAGAUCGCCCUCGCGGACGCCUCGGACAAUGCGCGGUUGGGUGACGUGGCCACUGCCAAGGUGGUGAUUGAUGGGCCCAAUGACGCCUCCACAGUGUUCUUGGGGAAUGCUUCUUUUACAUUCAGUGAGGAUGCAGGCACCAUUGAAAUUCCUGUUUUAAGACAUGGCAGUGACCUUUCGACUGUGACCUCAGUUUGGUGCGCCACCCGACCUUCUGAUCCCACGUCCGCCACCCCGGGAGUGGACUACAUCCCUAGCUCCAAGAAGGUGGAGUUCAGGCCUGGGAAAACUGAAGAGGUCUGUAGCCUGACUAUACUGGAUGACACUCAGAAUCCUACCAUUGAAGGCCUAGAGUCUUUUGUGGUGUUCCUCAGCUCAGCGCACGGGGCCGAACUCACCAAACCUUUCCAGGCUACUGUCAUCAUCACAGACACAUUCCAGGAUGUUCCCAGCAUGCAGUUUGGUAAAGAUGUGUAUUCAGUGAAGGAGAAUGAAGGAGUCUUGAGCAUUCCUGUUAUCCGCACUGGAGACCUGACAUUUGAGUCUUCUGUGAGGUGUUACACCAGGAUGCAGUCUGCUAUGGUGAUGGAUGACUUUGAGGAGAGGAGGAACUCAGAUGAUUCUCGAAUUACUUUCCUCAAAGGAGAAAAGGUGAAGAACUGCACUGUUCUUAUAAAUGACGACUCUGUGUUUGAACCAGAGGAGCACUUCCAGGUUUACCUCAGCAAUCCCCUUGGAAACCACUGGAGUGGAGCCAGAGUCGGCAAAAAUGAAGUGGCCACCGUCACCAUUACCAAUGAUGAGGACGCACCAACAAUUGAAUUUGAGGAGCCGACAUACCAGGUGCGGGAGCCCCCGGGUCCAGACGGCAUUGCAAUUCUGAAUAUCAAAGUGAUCAGGAAGGGGGACCAGAACCGGACUUCGAAGGUUCGCUGCAGCACCAGAGACGGGUCAGCCCAGUCUGGAGUCGACUACAAUCCUAAGAGCAGGGUGCUCAAAUUCAGCCCUGGCAUUGACCACAUCCUCUUUAAUGUGGAGAUUCUGUCCAAUGAGGACAGGGAGUGGCACGAGUCGUUCUCAUUGGUCCUGGGCCCUGAUGACCCAGUAGAAGCAGUGCUAGGAGAAAUCACCACGGCAACAGUGACUAUUCUGGACCAGGAGGCAGCAGGGAGUCUUAUACUGCCAGCUCUGCCAAUUGUAGUUUCCUUGUCCGACUAUGAUCAUGUUCAAGAGGUGACCAAGGAGGGCAGUAAGAAGACUCCAUCCCCUGGCUACCCGCUGGUCUGUGUGACCCCUUGUGACCCACACUACCCCAAGUACUCUGUAAUGAAGGAGCGCUGCGACGAAGCGGGAAUUAACCAGUCAUCUAUCCGCUUUGGCUGGGAAGUGGCUGCUCCCACUGACAUCAGUGGAGCUAGAUCACCGUUUGAGACUGUGACUGACAAUACCCCGUACACCAGCGUCAAUCACAUGGUCCUGGACAGUGUUUACUUCAGCCGUCGUUUCCAUGUGCGUUGUGUAGCCAAAGCUGUUGACAAUACAGGCCAUGUGGGCACUCCAUUGAGAAGCAACAUUGUCACUAUUGGAACAGAGGGCUCUAUCUGCCACACUCCAGUAGUGGCAGGCACAGCACGAGGCUACCAGGCACAGUCCUUCAUAGCAACACUCAAAUACUUGGACGUCAAGCACAAAGAGCAUCCAAACAGGAUCCAUAUUUCAGUGCAGAUCCCUCACCAGGAUGGCAUGCUGCCUCUGAUCUCCACCAUGCCACUGCAUAACCUCAACUUCCUGCUGUCCGAGUCCAUCUACAGACAUCAGCACAUCUGUUCCAACCUGGUCACCCUUCGAGACUUGGAGGGCAUCUCUGAGACUGGAUUUCUUGAUGACGUUUUCUACGACAGUAUUUCCCUGGGCCCUGGUUUCGACCGGCCCUAUCAGUUUAACCCCAGUGUGCGGGAACCCAAGACCAUCCAGCUGUACAAACACCUCAACCUCAAGAGCUGCAUCUGGACGUUUGAUGCCUACUAUGACAUGACAGAACUGAUCGAUGUCUGUGGAGGAUCUGUAACGGCUGACUUCCAGGUGAGAGACUCUGCCCAGUCCUUCCUGACAGUACAGGUUCCACUGUAUGUGUCAUAUAUUUAUGUGACAGCACCAAGAGGCUGGGCGUCCCUUGAGCAUCACACAGAGAUGGAGUUUUCAUUCUUCUAUGAUACAGUCCUCUGGAGAACAGGUAUACAGACUGAUAGUGUGCUGUCAGCAAGACUUCAGAUAAUCAGAAUCUACAUCAGGGAAGACGGCCGCCUUGUCAUUGAAUUCAAAACUCAUGCAAAAUUCAGGGGUCAGUUUGUGAUGGAGCACCACACCCUGCCUGGUCAGAAGUCUCACCUGAUGCCCCCUGACCACCUGGGAGGUAUUGAGUUUGACCUACAGUUGCUGUGGAGUGCCCAUUCCUUCGAUUCCCCGUAUCAGCUGUGGAGGGCAACCAGUUCUUACAGCAGGAAAGACUACUCAGGGGAAUACUCAGUUGUCCUCAUCCCCUGUACUGUACAGCCCACUCAGCCAUGGAUCGACCCUGGAGACAAGCCUCUGGCCUGCACAGCGCAUGCCCCAGAAAAGUUCCUGGUCCCCAUUGCAUUCCAGCAGACAAACCGCCCAGUUCCAGUAGUCUAUUCUUUAAACACAGAGUUCCAGCUGUGUAACAACGAGAAGAUCUUCAUGAUGGACCCAGCCACAGCAGAAAUGUCCAUGACUGAAAUGGAUUACAAAGGAGCUUUCUCUAUGGGUCAGACCCUCUAUGGUCGUGUCCUCUGGAAUCCUGAACAGAACCUGAACUCUGCCUACAAGCUGCAGCUAGAGAAGGUGUAUCUGUGCACUGGCAAAGACGGAUACGUGCCUUUCUUCGACCCCACUGGCACUCUUUAUAACGAGGGUCCACAGUACGGCUGUAUUCAGCCCAACAAGCACCUGAAACACAGGUUCCUUAUACUGGAUCGAAACCAGCCUGAGGUUUGUGACCGGUACUUCCAUGACGUUCCCUUCGAUGCUAACUUCGCCUCUGACCUGACCGAUCUCCACUCCAUGACUGAGAUGCCUGGAGUGGACGGCUUCACAAUGAAGGUUGAUGCCCUCUACAAGGUGGAGGCCGGCCAUCAGUGGUAUUUGCAAGUGAUCUACGUCAUCGGGCCAGAGUCGAUUUCGGGGCCCAGGAUUCAACGCUCACUGACGUACCAGCUGAAACGCAGCCGGAGGGAUCUGGUGGACAAGAGCGGCCAACUCACCCUGGAUGAAUCGCUGAUCUACGACAAUGAGGGGGAUCAGGUGAAGAACGGCACCAAUAUGAAGCCUCUGAGCUUGGAAGUGGAGGCCGCAGCCUCAGCCUCCCAAACAGGCAGCUCCAUUGGUGGUGUUGUUGCCGCGGUAACAGUGCUGUUCCUCAUCUUCUUGGCCUCUUGCUUCCUGUUCAAAAAAUGCCGGAGACAAGGGAAAAAGAAGAUGCCCGCCAAAAACCUGGCAGAGGAGUACCCUCUGAACACGAAAGUGGAAGUCUGCCUGCGGAAUGUGGACCGACUAGAGAAGAACCUCAACAGCAAACACUGCAUAGCGAGGAACGUCAAUAUACUGAAUAAAAAUGAGGCCUGCAAAGUGAAAGGGGUCAAGGUCAAGCAAGUAAAUCUAGAGGUCAAAGUUCAUAACAAUUUACAUGAUGGCACAGAAGUUUGAUAUUUUUUUUGUAAUCUUGUUAUUUUUUUAUUUGUAAUAAAACAAAUUGUAAUUCUUGUAUUUUUAUAUAAAUAUGGAAAAAGGGAAAAGUAGUAUAAGUGCUGGUCAGCUACGCAGUGUUUUUCACUUCACAACUGAGCUACCUCAUCUAUGCUAUUGACCAUUGCCCGAAAUCUUAUCUAGUUUUUUUUAAGAGCUGAUUCACUGAUUUUGCAUCUUGUCACACUCUAUAAUUACAAUUAAAACUUAAAUAAGGAAAAAUGAAAUGAUUUGCCAAUUAAAGUAUUUUUUGUGCCAUAAAAAUACAGUUUUAAAUCAUGAGCUUUAUUUAUUCUAAACUUGUUCGUAACCAAACAAUGAAAAACAAAACCUUGUAUUUUAUAUUUUCUAGGUAUAUAAAUGUUGUCAUUUCAAAACUUUGGUAUUACUGUCAAUCGUAUGACUAGACAGUUUCCUAUUCUCAAGGCUUUGUUCUCUUUGUAAAUUAAACCUUAUGAUCUUAGUGUUACAUAUUUUACACUAUAACGUACACAACCACAAACUAUAUAAAAACCAGUAGACCAGCACUUUGGGCAGUGACUUUGUUCAUAAAGAAAACAAUCUCCUGGUAGCUCAGGCAGUCUUUGAUUUAUAUUUAGCCCUGACUAUAUGCUUAAUUUCCUAUUGGUAUGUAUUAUUAUUUGAGACUUUACAGCGACUAUAUAACCACUAUAAUUUACACAAGUAUUAUGCACUCAAGGUGUAUGUAUGGAACUGGAUGAGCUGUGUACAUUUUAAAAAGUGCAAUUCCUUGAAGGAGGCAGGUUAGGUGAUCCAGGACAAAUUGAGGUUAGUAUCAGGUGUUUAAAUGUGUGCUAGUAGUCGAGAGCCUAUAACGGGUCCAGGAAUGUUGCACAUAAUGGUAUAAAAGUCAAUUACAUAAUUAAAAAAAUGGAAGCUAGUUACAUAUAUUGCUGCAUUCAAAUACCAUCAUUGCCUGAACACGUUGUAUUUUUUUUUUUUUUUUUUUUUUAUUGCUAGCACAACCAUUGGCCAUUUUGUAUUUUCUGUUUAACACCAUUGAAAAUAACAUGUCAAAAAUAUUUUUUAUUUGAUUGUUUGGCAGGUCAUUAGUUUAGACUACAAUAAAUGCAAUAUAUAACAGAGGGAAUUCCAAUCUGAAUCAGCAAAAAAAAAAAGGGGGGGGGGGGGUACUUUUUAAUCACUAACAAUGGCUGGCUAUUUAAAAGAAAAAAAAUCUGGCAUUUGCUUGUAGAGUACUUUUUUUUUUUCUCUCAAAGGAAUAUCAAUUAAUCAUAGUCAUGACUUUUUUAUAUAUACAUUUUUGGAUCAAUAUUAUACUACUGAAUACAGCUGCCAUUGUAGGUUGUCUUUCAGGACUCCACUUUGUUAUCUUGGAUUAUUUAAAAUUAUUGUUACAAAUGUAUAAUGUAUUAUGUAUUGUACUUUUUAUAUUUUCAUUAGUUAGUGUAUUUAAAAAAGGAUCUUCUUGGUGUGUGCUAAAGUAUUAUGGUGCUGUGUGAGGAAUCAUAUUGGGAACUGUUAUUAUUAUUAUUAUUAUUAUUAUUAUUAUUAUUAUUAUUAUUAUUAUUAUUAUGUGAACCACUGGGACCCCAUUUUGAGGGGUGGUGCCAUAGCACUGAAUUUAUGUCUGUUUUUGUAUUGAACCAUCAGUGUCAUUAUUCAGUUGAAACCGACCAUGCUAUUUACAGCAGUGAAUACAGAAAUCACAAGAGCAGCUGCCUGGCUGACUGACUGACUGACUGAAUGAUCCUCUGUGGUGCUUUCUUCUGUUCAAUUUAACAAAACGUGUCAUGUUGGCUUUCGAUUGUUGAAUUACUGCAUAUGUUUUUACUAAUAAAAGUCAUGUCACUUAUCCUGCAUAUCUUUGUAUAAUAAUUAC